AUGCUCCGCCGUCGCUUGGCCAAGGACGAUGUCCAGUCCACGGACUCGUCUCGCGACGACACCAAAACCUCCCCCGCCUCGACGGUCGCAGCAGCCGCCCCCGAUGCACAAGUCAAGCAAUUCGUGCCGAAACCGCGGAGCAAGCGUCGGAAUGGACUGAUUUUUGUACUGGGGGGCAUUUUUGGUGUCUUUAUCGCGCUCUUCUUCGCCAACCAGCAGGAUGUUAUCAGUCUCGAUUCGCUUCUGGAUUUGGAGUCUUUGAUCGAUGUGAUUCCGCAGGGUAUCGUGAAGGAUGCGAGGGAGUUUUCGCAACAUGAACGCGAAGCCGUCAGUUACGACCCCUUCUCCGUCGGUCUACACCUCCAAUCGCAGGGUAUCGAGGCCAAACACCCCGUCGUCAUGAUCCCCGGUGUAAUCUCGACCGGUCUCGAAAGCUGGGGAACUGGGGCGUCUUCGCGCCAGUACUUUCGCAGACGACUAUGGGGUAGCUGGAGCAUGAUGCGGGCUUUGGUUAUGGAUAAGGCGGAAUGGAAGAACCAUGUCAUGUUGGACAAGACGACUGGUCUGGAUCCUCCGGGGGUGAAGCUACGGGCCGCGCAGGGCUUCGACGCUACCGACUUCUUCAUCACGGGGUACUGGAUUUGGAAUAAGAUCUUGGAGAAUCUCGCGACCAUCGGAUACGACCCGACCAAUGCGUUUACCGCCGCGUAUGACUGGAGAUUAUCGUACCCGAACCUGGAGAUUCGCGAUCAGUACUUCAGUCGGCUCAAGUCGUACAUUGAAACGGCCGUGCAGGUGAAGGGCGAAAAGGUGACGCUGGCUUCGCAUAGCAUGGGCUCGCAGGUUGUGCUGUACUUUUUCAAAUGGGUCGAAAGCGAGGACCACGGGAAGGGAGGCAAAGACUGGGUCAACAAACACAUCGCCUCCUGGGUCAAUAUCAGCGGAUGCAUGCUAGGCGCCGUCAAGGGCCUGACAGCCGUGCUGUCCGGUGAAAUGCGCGAUACAGCCCAGCUGAACGCAUUCGCCGUGUACGGGCUGGAAAAGUUCCUCUCCAAGGAGGAGAGAGCAGAGAUUUUCCGCGCGAUGCCCGGAAUCUCCAGCAUGCUUCCCAAGGGCGGAGAGGCCGUCUGGGGCAAUUCCACCUGGGCGCCUGAUGACCAGCCCGGUCAGCCCAUGACAUUCGGGAACCUGUUGAAUUUCCGCGAAAGCAACUCGUCCCUGACGCGCAAGAACCUGACCACAACGGAAAGCUUGUCGUACCUCUUCAACCACAGCGAAGCCUGGUACCGCGAGCAGGUCCUGGGCAGCUACUCGCACGGAGUCGCGCAUACAACCAAGGAAGUCGAAGCCAACGAGAAAGACCCGCGCACCUGGCUUAACCCCCUCGAGGCCCGUCUCCCGCUCGCCCCAGACAUGAAGAUCUACUGCUUCUACGGCGUGGGCAAACCGACCGAACGCAGCUACUUUUACCAGGAAGAGCGCGACCCGCUGGUGAAUCUCAACGUGAGCAUCGACACCACAGUCACCAACAACGAAGGUGUCGACCACGGCGUCCACAUGGGCGAAGGCGACGGCACCGUCAACCUCAUCAGCACGGGCUACAUGUGUUCCAAGGGCUGGAACAUCAAACGGUACAACCCGGCCGGGGUGAAAAUCAAGGUCUACGAGAUGCCUCACGAGCCUGACCGAUUUUCACCCCGUGGUGGUCCCAACACAGGCGACCACGUCGAUAUCCUCGGCCGCGCCUCUCUAAACGAACUCAUCCUCCGCGUCGCAGGCGGACAAGGCGACCUCAUCGAAGAAACCUUUGUCUCGAGAAUCAAAGAAUACGCCGACCGGGUCCAGAUCUACGAAGAGUAA